AUGCGAAGAUCGAUAUUCCCAGUAUACAAAGACGUACGGCGGCGGCUGAUACUAGCAUUGGAGAGCUCAGCAGACGACACAUGUGCAGCGAUAGUGAGCAACCAUCGGGAGAUAUUAUCAAAUGUGGUGAUGAAACAGGAUCAAAUACAUGAGCAAUACGGAGGGAUACACCCGCUGUACGCAACGCAAGGACACAUGAAAAACAUAUCGCCUGCAAUUUCAGAAGCGAUCCGUCGUGCUGGAGUUGCAUUUGGGGAUUUGGACGCGAUAGCUACUACCGAAGGACCCGGCAUGAAAGGGUGUUUGCAAAUCGCGAUGGUCGCAGCCAAGUCGCUAGUCGGGGUUAGUGGAAUACCGCUAGUAGGCGUACAUCACAUGCAAGCGCACGCCCUUACUUGCUGUCUGACAGAAGAGAAUCCCCCGCAAUUCCCAUUUUACACGCUGCUUUGCAGUGGAGGACACACGAUGAUAGUCGACGCGGAAGAAGUCACCAAAAUGCGAGUGCUGGCGACGACAAACGACGAUUCGAUAGGCAACGCUUUCGAUCACGCCGCUAAGCUCCUCAAUAUACCAUGGUCAGGCAAGGCGCCGGGAGCCGCAUUGGAGGGGUUUGCGAGGCACACUGAGCACUUGUUUGGCCAUAAAGAUGAGGUGGAUUGUCGUGUCAAAGAGUAUAGACAGAAGCUGCGCGUACCAGCCCCCUCUCAGCUCCUGUUCAGCUACUCGGGCCUCAGGAGCGCGUUCUCGAGGCUGGUGGAUGAGAGUGACGGCGGUGAUGUGACGAGAGUAGCUCUAGCGCGCGCAUUCCAGAGUGCAGCAGUGGCGCAGUUGGCUGAUAAGGUGACAUUGGCACUGAGCAAAUCUACCGUCGAACCAUCUAGUCUGGUGGUUAGUGGGGGUGUAGCUAGUAAUGGAUACCUGCGCGAGAGAUUGUCAGAUGUUACUGGAAGACAUGGCUUGAAUAUCUACUUUCCGGCGCCAGCGUUAUGUACUGGUGGGUCUGAUCUCAACUUGCCCCUCGCAAACCACUCUUACCAUAUUUACGCAGACAACGCCGCCAUGAUCGCAUGGGCAGCCCACUACAAACUUGCUAAAGGGGAACUAGCAAAUCCUGCCACACUCAUGCCACGAGCAAAAUGGUCACUAGAGGACAUGUAA